AUGAGCUCAGCUACAAUUGAAGUGGUUAACUCAAGAGACGGAGCCUCACAUCUACUGGAGUUUGUGAUCGUGGAGGACGAGCUCACGCUGAUUCUCUGCAUUAAUUCGAUCCAGUCUCUCGGGUUGGUUGUUUUUAAUCAUGGUCGCUUGGUGCAGGUUCGCCAGCGAGAAACCGAUAUUAGUGAUCAGUACCCGUCUGUGUUUAGCCUGAGUUUGGAAAAGUUUGAGCGAACCGCUCACUUGUUAGAUCCUUUGAUACAACCGACUGCGCUACCGGCUAGGAGAGUUCCGUUUGCACUGCGUGACAGGUUCUCCGCUGAAUUGAGCAAAUUAGUGAGAGAGGGUGUGAUUGCCAUAGUCGACGGGCUAACCGAAUAG